AUGGCAUUUAGCAAAGGAUUGGAUCUUUUCGCAGACUUGGAUUACGCGAUCGGCUGGAACCGAUUUAAUCUACAAUUUCUUGGCGUUUGGCCGGAUUCCGAUCGGCUCGAUAAAAAUAUUGGCUUUACGAAAUAUCGCUGGAUCCUCCACGCACUUUUCAUGCUAGGAUUUAUAAUAUUACCGCAAACGGCGUACCUGCUGAUAAUCUGGGGCGAUCUAGACCUGAUGACGGAAGAUUUAGCAACGGCGAACGUCCCGGUCACGAUGGCUUGCAUCAAACUUUUCGUUAUUCGGUAUCACCUGAAAACGCUGAAUCCCCUUCUCGGUGCUUUCGUCGAUGAUUGGAACAGAACGAAGAACGAACGGGAGAGAUCGAUUAUGCUGAGCAACGCUAGAAAGGCAAGAACGAUAUCGAUGUUGUGUACGGUUAUGAUACAGAUUAUGACGACGACAUACAUACUUCUUCGAAUCGCUAUGAUCGCGCAAAUGCAGAAGGAUCAGAUGGAACCGGAUCGAACUUUAAUCUGUCCCGCUUAUUUUCCGUACGACGUAAGGAAGACUCCGGUGUUCUAUUUAACAUGUACCGGACAAAUUCUAGCCGCUUACAGCGCGACCGUCUCUUACACAGGCGUUGACAGCUUCAUAUCCAUGUUGGUACUUCAUGUUUGUGCACAAAUUUCGAAUCUCAGGUCGACUCUCAAAACAUUGGCGGACGAAAGAAGCACGGAAGAAAGGAAGACAGAUAACUUUGUAGAAAAAUUAGCGUUCAUCGUCAAGAGACACGAACAUCUCAACCGGUUGGUCGAUCGAAUAAUCUUAUUAAUUUAUUUCAUUAAGCGUGCGCUAAAUGAUAUAAUGCAUUUGACAUCCGUCGUAUCUCGAAGGUUCGCUCGGUCCAUCGAAGAUUCCUUCAACGCGUUGAUGCUCGUUCAAAUCCUGACUUGCACCAUGCAAGUGUGCUUUCAAAGUUAUCAAGUUCUCGCAGUGAGUCGUCUGAAAGAAAUUUUGUUGUUCCUUGGUAUUAUUAUAUUAGGAGAAAACGAAGACGAGUUUCCUACCGUUCAAUUGUGUUUCCUAGUACUAUUCGUGGUCGUUACUCUGGUACACUUAUACAUUUACUGUUACGUGGGUGAAAUGCUAAUUGUUCAGAGUUCCGGUAUGAGCGAAUCGGCGUACGAAUCUAACUGGUGCAACUUGUCUCCGAAGGACGCGAGGAAUCUCCUAUUCGUGAUGCACCGAUCAACGAUACCGCUUCGUUUGACCGCAGGAAAAUUUAGCACGUUCUCGAUGAAAACGUUUAGCGACAUCGUCAGAACCUCAAUGGGAUAUCUUUCGGUAUUGUUGACGGUGUCGGAACAGAAAGAUUAAUUUUACAAGUGUAAAGUAUAACGAAAAAGGAAUUAGUGAAAACUUUACGGGUCGACGAAAAUAAUAAUUCCUUCGGAUAUAUCGGAAGUUGUGUUAAUGAAAAUGUUCUCGUUAAAAUAAUCGCGUAAUAAAAAAGAUACCUGAACUUCCUCCUGUUACCGCUUGUUUACGUCCG